AUGAGUGUUGUCGCCACUAGAACAGCAAGCCCUGCGCUGUACAAUCCCAUUUCUGAGGACCAUGUCGACUAUUCCAUCCAACCAACUGCCUCCCGGACAUCCUCAAUAUCAUCCUACAGAUCAAACUAUACCGCCUCAACAGCACCUACUACAUACUCGCCAUCCUCACCAUCUUCAUCCUAUUGCCAAGGCGACUCAGUCAACUCUUUGCCCAAGUUCACUGAACCAAUUCAACGACGAGUGCCCAGGGAGGUCUAUGAAGUGAUAAUCCACCAUUUGGAAGAAUUACACAAAGGACAGCAUCAAACAGGAUGUACAACAUGUUUUCAACGCGAUUUACAUGCCUUAUCGUUGACUUGUCGGUCUUGGGAAAAGGCUGUCAGAGGUCCUCUAUAUCACAGUAUACAUAUUGUCGGAGCUGACUCCCCAGCCCAACUCAAGAAAUAUCGCCUGAAGAGAGGGAGUCGUUUGAAGCUCCUGAGACGGACUCUUCGCGAGCGAAAGCUGCUGGCCAAUCUUGUCUACGAACUACGGGUGCCCCAGUUAGACUUGCUCUUCACCACGACGAAGCAAAACUCGCCAUGGCAGGAUUAUCGCGACUUGGUCGCAUCCGUGGUCAUGGUGUGCCCAAACCUGGAGCGCCUCUUGGGCUUAAAUAUCCCGUACCAUCACGAAUUCGAUCGGUUGACCCAUGCUCUAUCAACGAGAAAAAAGCUCAAAGAGCACACAUGGGUAUUAGGCGAGGCCACAGAAGUAUCUGAGGUGUCACCGCGCGAUGACUCCUGCCCUGGGAGUCUAGGUCCCUCCCAAAUGUUCGAGUUUUUGGACUACCAUACCUCGUGGACAAACCUCGAGACAUUGAUGCUCUAUGGAUUGAAUGGAAACGGGUCGUUGGAACCUAGCGUCUCCCUCCGCAUGUUCGAUCUUCUUCCCUCAUUGCGAAACCUUUGCGUCUCGUCAUUCAAUGAAGACUCCUUUGAUGACAACACAUUGAUGUGCCUACCCCCGUUGGAGUCACUAAGGCUGGAGAACUUGCCUGGGAUCACAGAUGCCGGUCUCUCGCAGUACACGUCACGACCCGAAUCGGCCUCCCUCAAGACAUUCGUCCUGGUGGAACAGAACAUCGACUCGCUGCUAGUCAUUUCCAAAAUUCUUGCUUCAUUGCAACAACUCGAACGCUUCAAGAUCAUCCAGACCGGCAAGUGUUUAACUUUGCCGAAAGCACACAUGGUCUUCCAGCCUAUCCUCGCCUCCUCAACCCUAAAAUACCUCCAUUGGGAUGUGGCGUGCCCCGAUCCAGGCACAGCUCUCACCCAACUUGAUACCCUCCCCUUCCAGAAACACACAAAACCAUCUGAUACUGCCAACUAUCAUCUCGCUCAAAGUAUCCUAUCCGCCGGUUUCCCUGAAUUGGAAUCGCUUCGUGCACCCAACGACGUGGAGCCCCCUGGUGCGCUCCAAGCUACCUGUCGACCCAUAUUGAAGGGACAAGCUUUACUCCGACCAGACCGAUAUAGCUUGCCUCGCAGCUCCCACGGUUCCGUGAGCACCCGACCGAUCGCUCUACCUGCGGGCAACAAUCUGACUUCGGCUCGAAUCCGCGCCCAGACAUUCAUCGAUAUGGCCGCCAAGGACACCGAGGAGGGCAUGUCGGUACUAAUCCAAGAUUUUUCGGAUGAAUACGUGCCGGACAACGCGCAAGGCUCACAAUUUGAAGAUGAACCCGAGCAAGAAAUGGACGACUACGGCAUCUGGGCCGCAUGUGAGCGUUUCAAACAUCAGGACAAAAACCACAGCGGCCCCAAAACGGUCUACGAGUUCCGCAUGCCAACCUUGAUGGGCCGGAGUGGUGUCCGGGAUCCAGCAACAGGUGCAUCGAUUCCUCACUUCGUUCUUCGUCCGGAUAUUACUGGCCAAGAGUUAGACGGCGGCUUGAUUGGGUGGAAGCAAUUGCUAGCCUCAAACCAGUCACUGACAUAUGCCGCCGGUGUAGGCGUGAAUUGCUUCCGCGGCGGAAGUCCUUGCCUCUCAUCCCCCGAAGACUUUACCUCACCUGCCUCCAGUACGUCCCGGUUUGGCUGGAGCAGUUUGAGUGGUCGCUCUAUGAUGGGUACAUCUCCAACUACACCCACGACACCAAUCACGCCCAUGAGUAGUACAAUGGGCUCAGCUUUACCCUGGGAUAAGGAUACCUGUACUGGCUCCUGGAACCACAAAAUGGGUCGAGACUGGUGGUUCCAUAUGGAGCGUGAUCGUCCGGGCAAUUCAGAGCUCAUUGACGUUAAACAACUCUUCUGA